CAGCACUGACAGCGAUGAAAAUCAUCGAUCAUCCUCCGCUCGUGGUGUGCCAAAAGAAAACAAGAGCGGACUGGACAUCCCCCGAAAUUUUCCGCAAAAUCGACACAAUUGAGCGCGGAAAGGUUACGUAAUGGACGAGGACAAUGCAGAGGAGGGUGGAAGUCUGCUCGAGGAAGAGGACUACUACAUGUUCCUCAACGUCCCGCGGACGGCCACCCCUGAGGAGGUGACGGCUGCAUACAAGAAGCUGGGCCGUUUGUACCACCCUGAUAAACACGUCGACCCUGACAAUCCGCAGAAAAAACAAGAGGCAGAAAUCUUGUUUCAUAGAGCGAAAAAAGCUUACGAUGUGUUGAUUGAUCCUCACCGGAGAGCGAUUUACGACUCUCUUGGCGUGAAAGGAUUGAAAACAGAAGGUUGGGAGUUGGUGCAACGGACGAGAACUCCAGCUGAAAUCAGGGAAGAGUAUGAGAGAAUUGCAAGACAAAACGAGGAGAGGCAACUGCAGCAGAAAACCAACCCAAAGGGGCAGCUGACUGUCCACCUCAACUGCACAGACUGGUUUGACACAUAUGAAUAUGACGACCCUGAUUAUAUUGACGAAUUUAAACUACCUGAGGUCAGCGGCGUCAGUCUGCAGCAGUCUGUGGAGGCACACCCGACCCUGAGGGACUGCACCACCCUGGCAGGGCAGGCCAACACCUCCAACGGUGUCGGCACAGGCUCUUUCGCGGUCACGUGGCGCCGGCUGCUCGGCCCUAGAGGCUGGGUUGAGUCUGAGUUUUCUGCCGGCAGCGGACCGACCCUUUCACUCAGGGCGUUCAGGACGCUUUCCAAACAUGUGUUCGGCAACGCAGGCCUCACUCUGCAGGCUACGGACAGGGGCAUUGCACCUGUACUUCAGUCAACUUUGGCCAUGCAGUUGAGCAAAUCGACUAUGGGUUCUCUAGUCUGGCGGGCAGGCAUGGCCAGCAGUAUGACCGUGUCCAUCACUAGGGACACGCCCAGUAUGCAUUUUGUCUCCAUGCUACAGUUUGGAAUUCCACACUCGUUUGCAUUUGUCGCGUACUCGCACAAGCUCAAAGAUGGCAAAAUCAGAGUUGGUGUUCGAGGAGGAACCUUUGGCAUCCAAGUCGAGUACGGAGCAGAGAAAAAAGUGUCGCAGUACAGCACCGUCUCUGCCACGAUGACAGUCGGAAUUCCAACUGGCGUGUCGUUAAAAAUGAGGGUUGUGAGAGCUAGUUACACAUUUUCCUUCCCGAUCAGGUUGAGUGAAGAGGUUGUCCCCGCCGCUGUUUUCUACGGCACUGUUUUACCCGUUUUGGGCUGGCUGGUUGUUAAGGGACUCAUCAUUGAUCCUUACUUGGCUAGGGAGAAGCGUGCUGAGAAAGAGAAGCAGCGGCAAGCGAAUCAAACUAGGAUUGCACAAAAGCGUCGGGAGGCCGAGUCUUCAAUAAACCUAAUGCAGCAGACCUAUGCUCGAAUUUGCUCUGAUGAGGAGAAAAAGAACGGCCUUUUGAUCAUUAUAGCUGUCUACGGAGUAGCUUCAAAUAUCGAUUCGUUCAGCAUCCCCGCUGGAAGCAGUUCAUCGUCGUCCGGCAAUGUGUCACCAGUCGCCAUGCCAGCCAGUCAGAACAGAGAAAUUCCUGAGGACUGCAUUGACGUCACUAUCCCCUUGCAAUGUCUGGUGCAGCAGGAUUCCAAAUUAUACUUAGUAGAGGGUUCAAAGAAUGAAUUGCCUGGUUUUUACGAUCCGUGCAUAGGGGAGGACAAAAAAUUGCUGAUUCAAUAUAAAUUCCGCGGGAAAUUGCAUGAAACAAUACUAGAAGACUCUGAGGCAUUGACGAUACCUAGGCAAGGUCACCGACUGUAGAAGCAUGAGAGUUGUCAGACUGCAAAUUAGCUUUUAUAAAAAAAUCAAAAAGCCCUUGUGCUUUGUGUGCGUAAGGCCAAAAAUAUAGCAAUUCGCAGCUAAAACGCAAAUUUUACAUAUUGUUUGCUGCUUUUCUGAUUCAAUGUUCUCUGCAGCCAAGUAAAAUUGAACACUCAGUGGUUGUUAAAAAUGAACAAUUGCUAGCAAUGAGCUAACCAAAAAAGAAAAUUACAAGAAUCCAGUGAUGACAUUUUCCUCUUACUUUAGUUGCUGCGGAGCAGCUAUGAGAAGAUCAGCUACGUGCCUAUUAUUUUCCUAGCAAACAUUUAGAGCCUGUUUUACUGUUAAUGUUGUACAAGUAAACCAAUAAAUAAGCUCUUAAAUUGUUGAA